AUGUCGUCUGCUGUGGACAUCACGCGAGCGAAGCAAAUCAAAGAGCUGGAGCCUUUACAGGACGCAUGGGUUUCAUGGUCGCAUGCUCGAGAUUCUCUACAAGAGACUAUACCCUUACUAAGUGACGAAGAUCCAGCCAUGCGUGCCCUAGCGUCUGAGGAAUAUGUCUCGCUCACAGAAACACUCUCGGAACACGUACAUUCUGUAUUCCCAAAGCUUCUCGUGCCUUCUUCAUCAACACGACAUCUAUCUGCAAUGCUGGAAUUCAAGUCAGGCGUCGGCGGUUCCGAGGCUUCCCUCUUCCUUGCGGAUCUGUUGAGGGUAUAUGUACGACAUGCGAAUGCGAACAGAUGGAAAACGCAAGUGAUUGCAAGUAAUGAGACAGAUGGUGGAGGCGUUAAGGAUGCGAUACUAGAAAUCAAAGGGGAAGGCUCGUAUGAUGCGCUGAGGUGGGAAAGCGGAGUGCAUCGCGUACAACGGGUACCUGCUACCGAAGCAAGUGGACGUACGCAUACAAGUACGGUCGCGAUCGUAGUCUUACCAUUGACAGAGGAAACGGACAAUUUCAGUAGCGGCGAUGAUAUCUUUUCCAUGGAUGACGUGAAGAUCGAAGUCAUGCGUGCACGUGGGGCAGGUGGACAGCACGUCAACAAAACAGAGUCUGCGGUUCGUUUGACCCAUGUCCCGACUGGAAUAACAGUGUCGAUGCAGGACGAACGGAGUCAACAUCAGAACAAGCGCCGCGCUUUCCAGGUUCUUCGUGCGCGUCUCAUGGACAUCAAACUGACGAAAGAAAUGGAGGAUCGCCGUGCUACUCGACGUAAUCUCGUCCGUGGUGCAGACCGCAGUGAGAAAAUACGGACGUAUAACUACGCACAGGAUCGCGUGACCGAUCAUCGUCUUGGCCUGUCGUUGAUGAAUCUGACUUCUUUGUUGGAAGGCGAUGGUUUGCAGGAUUUUAUUGAUGCAUUGAAGAGAAGUCACGAUGAGGACUUGAUGGAGGAGAUUGUAGAGGGGUUGUGA